UGGCGAGACAAAAUGUACUUUCACUAUUAAUCAAAACGCUUCUAUGAAUAGUAAAUCUGGACCAAAUUCGGAUGUUACAAAUACUUUUUGAUGAUAAAAUCUAUUAAUCUGAAGGUUUGUUGUAAAAAAAAUAAUAGUUCUUGAGUUAACUCCAUAAAAGCAACAAUGAUUUAAGAUAAAUGUCAAUCAAAAAAUCAAAGAAGUUUGGAUUUUUUAUGGUACAUCAAUCAGUGUCACUUUAUUGACAUGCAUAUGAAAGUAGCAUUUUAUUUAUCAUUGUGUGCCUGCUGGUGUACUAUAAAUUCACAAAAAUUCGAUACAAAAAACUGCCGAUUAGACAGAGGGUGUCGAUCCAAUGAAAGCGAAGAUGAAGAUGGAGCAACUUUCUAUCGUAAGACAAUUUUUGAGAAUCCCACCUAUCUCACGUUGAUUGUAAUAUUGGGUGUAUUCUUUACGUUGCUUCUCCUGGGAUUCUUAAAAGGAUUAUUAGGCCUAUUGAUUUCAAAGAAAAUAGGUAUGGCUGGCCUACAUAUGUUGAUCGACUUACCGAGGACAAUGUACGAAUAUCAGGAGUCAAAAUUGAAGCACCGAUGUAUUAUUUAUGACGUGGCAGGCUGGCCCGUCCAUCCAGACACUCAGGAAAGAAGUGUACGUGUUAUGACAAAGAAAAUGGAGUUUUGUUUGAAUUUGGUGUUCUUCCUGGUGUUUCCAAUGUCACAGAUGUUGAAUUUAUGCUCGAUGUGCUGCUGCAUUGAAACUGUUAAUGAGCACGACGAGGAAGGGAAGCUCUUGGAACAAGGAAACAUUUCGAUGGAUAUGUAUCACGAUGGAGAUCUGAAAGAAGACCUAGACACAAACUAUGUGAUUAACAUAUUAAAGACCAGUAAAUUAAGUUUAUGUCAAAAUCAUUAACUAUUAGAGCUUCUUCAUUAUAGUGAAGAAGUGCAAUUUUAUAAUCUAUAUGUAAAUAUACAACAAUAAAGUAUGUUAUAAAAUA